CGCAACGCAUUCGGACACGGGCUUGCUACUGUCGCCUGUUUCACGGAAAAAGAAAAAUUAUUCCGGAUUUAUUUUGGAUUACAGCUUUAUUUCGAGCUCGAAGGGAAACGCUUGACAUAAACAGGAAGGAGAUAAGCAAUCCCGGCUUCAUAUGACAACUUCGAUUAUAAGUUCAGGUAGACCAGGAUUCUAGUUAGGAACAGCAUAAACACUUAAUAUGAGUGUUAACAUGAGGAACAAGGUACCUGAGACGUGCCGGUACUGGCGAAUGAACAAAUGCAUCAAGGGGAAGCAUCAGUGUAACUAUGUUCAUGGAUUCAUCUGCGUCAAUGAUGGGAGGUGCUGGCGUGAGAACUGCAGCAAUUGGCACUUUCGACAGAAGCGUGGUGGCCGCGGGGACCAUUAUGGCAAAUCACAUCAGAAUUACCAGAAAAUGCAUAGGAAUCGGCACCCAAGAAGCCGUAGCAGAAGCAUGAGCCCGCGCUGGCACCACAAAGGAAGCCACAGAAUGCGCUCACCACCGCGACGCCGUAGUAGAAGCCGGAGCCCACCUUCAUGGAGAAGUAGAAGUAGAAGUCCACCUCCAAGAAGAAGCAGGAGUCGAAGUUCACACCCCCGCAGAAGCAGAAGCCGAAGUCCACCUCCAAGGAGAAGUAGAAGCCAUAGCUACCCCUCACGCAGGAGCAGGAGUAGGAGUUACAGCUUCCCCUCACGUAGGAGCAAGAGCCGGACUCCAGCUUCCCGUCGUAGUAGGAGCAGAAGCUCACCACGUGGAACUAGGAGUCCUUGUCCCUCCCACCACAGGAGCAGGAGCCACAGUCCCUUUGAACACCGCAGUCGGAGUAGAAGCCGCAGGAUGAGUCACAGUCCUUCCCGUCGGAGCAGAUCGCCAAGUGUCUCUCACAAUAAGAGCAGGAGCCAAAGCCCAGCUAAUCAACGGAGUGGCAGCUUUAAUUCUGGCGAAAGAAAAAGCAGGAGCCCAAGCCUCCCUCGACAGAGAAACAGAAGCGGAACCAUGUCAAGUUUUGAUAGUGAAAAUUACAAUGCCAAUCAAGAACAAAGAGAUGGGUUUGAAAGGAGCCAACACACUGGGAACAUACGCAGUAAUAAUAAUAGUUACAGCAGCAGCCCCUUGAGUAGCUGCCCACCAAUGCAGAAGAACAGGUCUGGUACUCAAGAACAAAUGUCUAGACAAGAAGCAAUGCGGUCAGCAGAUGUUCCAGUUGCUGAGCAGAUGAAGAUUGCAGCUGACCAGGACCAAAAGGAAAGGACAUCCAUUGUCGAGCUACAGGAGCGUAUUACACGGGAUCUCAUGGAUCCUCAUACCCAGAAUCUCUUGAAAGAAUUAUUGAAGCAAAGUAAAAAGACAGUAGAAGAGAAGGAGUCCCCCAGGAAGGAUGCUUCUCCUGAUCCUGCCACAGUAGCAAGUGAACUGGAAGAACUAGGGAUGGACCUGGAGGAAGUGGGUGAAGAAGUUGACGACAUCUUUGGAAAAUCAAUCUCCAGAUCUGUAGAAGAUUCCAUUGGGAACUCUUUCCAAGAGGGCCUGGAGCGUGGGAAAAGGCUGAGGCAGGUGCAGGCCAGCACCAAUCCUUCACCACCUUCCAGGGAAAGGGGACAUGAGCCAAGGCCUUCAUCCCGUGGCCCAGACACCAGAUAUCCCUCCGAUUGGAACGUAAAGUCUACAGUGGAAGAUCCUAGGAAGCACUUACACUCCUCACUUCAGUCUUCAGAGGAACCCAAUGCAAAGGAUAUUCCUGAUGAUGCCAAGUCCAGUGGUUCAUCCUUCUGGGUCCCAGCUUUUGACUGGCAUAAAGCACAAAAAGUCAAGAAGGACAUGAGCUAUCAGUCUGGUGCCAAUGAUUGGGAGGUGGAGACACCAUAUGUUCAGAGGUUUAGGGAGCGUGAAAGGGAAAUUGGCAUUCUGGACUUCAAUUACACGAUGGAUAUGAUUGAAGCUGCAAUGGUGACUCUGGGCAAAUGCAAUGUUUACCAUGGUUUUGUCUUAACAUUGAUGGCAUCACAUGCACUUAGCUACCAGGAAGUUAAUUACUAUGCCUACCUGCCCAUACUUGUUUACCCAUUCCAUGAACUUCUUGGGAAGGAAAAAAUGGGAGAGAGACAAGCAGGCCAUCAUCCCACAUUAAAGGAUACCAAGCAGAUGGUACCUCCAUCUGCAAUCUCUUCUUCAUCCUCCUCGUCAUCGAGAGUCCCUCCAGUACCUGCCAUGACUUCUCAGCUUGAUGAGGAGGCCACUGCCAGUAGAAUUACAGAGAUGAAUAAAGACAAAGCUCCACAGUCAAGGCCUAUGCUCUUCCCCAGUGGUCACUCUUACUCCCCCAGUGUCGGUAGAGGUGAUGAGGCAGCUGAUGACCAUGAACCUCCAGUACAAGUGCGGUCCAAGAGUAAACGGCAAAAGACCGGAAAGUCAAAACAAAGGAGGAGCUAUGAUUCAGGUUCUGACUCAAGUGCAGAGGAUAAGAAGACCAGCAAGAUGCAUGAAAGAGAAGUAAAGGAGUUGGAAGAUCCAGUACAAAAGCUGAUGCAGAAGAGAGAUACUCUGUUGAAAAGAGCCAGGUCCCUAACAGAGCAGAAAGAUUUGAUGAUGAAUCAGAGGGAUGACAUCAUUAGCAAUCACAAAGGAGACAAGAGCAGUCUUAAUAAUCUCCUGCAAGAAAACUGGUUCCUCAUGAAGGAGAUGGGAAAUCAGAUUACAAAGAUUAACCAUAUGGUUAUUGAAGUUGAGAAAGAGAUUGAGGUUUUAAAGCCAGGGAACCAGCCAUUGCCAAGGGCAGAGAGUCCACAGAGGAGGAGCAGUAGGUCACCUGCAGCCAUGAGGUUUUGUGGACCAUCUCGGCAGUAUGAGCAUGGGAAGACACCAGAGAGGAAUUAUAAGCAUGUGGAGGCAUCUUAUAGAAAUGAAUCUAAAGGCUAUGAGUAUCCAGAACAUCGUAGAUCCAUUUCACCAGCCUCGGGAAAGCAUAGGUCGCGAUCUCCAGCUGCUGCAGGCCCACACAGAAUGAGUUCUCCAGCUCCAAGACAGCAAAGAUCAAGAUCUCCUAAUGUGAGCAGGCACAAGUCACGAUCUCCUAAUGUGAGCAGGCACAAGUCACGAUCUCCUAAUGUGAGCAGGCACAAGUCACGCUCUCCAAAUGCUGGGCGACAUAGAACAAGGUCACCAGUAUCAGGUAGCCAGCAGCAGAGAUUGUGGUCUCCAUCAGGGGAGUACUCCAAGGAAUUUCAGAGAGCACCAUCUACCUCCAGAAAGAGAACAACAGCUAGUAAAUCCGAUGGAGAAAAAAGGCAGCAAGACGUGUAUAGGAAAAAGGAGGAACCAAAAGAAGAAAUUGAUGAAGGUCUGCAAUAUCCACAAGGUUUUGUUCAGAGGACAUAUAUUCGCUACUGUGACCAAGGCAUGCAUUGGUGUAAGCUGUGCAGCAUAUUCUGUGAGAGCAUUCCUGAGUAUGUGGAUCAUCUUAUCAGUUCAUCACACUUAGCAAAAUGUAAAUAUGAUCGGAAGACAUGGUUGGCCAAAGCCCCAAAGGAGGAGAAGGAACCCAAACCCCCAAAUGCAACAGCCCUUAUAGUUCCAGUUCAAGGUGUAGAAUUUCUUCAUUCACUCACAUCUUAUUACUGUUCCCUCUGUGAUGUCUUCAUGAGAGACAAGGGUGAAGCUGUCAGACAUCCUGAGUCGAAGAUACACACUUCAAAUUACAAGAUGCAUUUGGUGAAGAAUCCCAUGUAUGAGGCAUCUCUCGUCAAGACCAAGGCAGCAGCUUAUGCCAAGUAUAGUGUUGAGCAAGCACGGUACAUGGUGGAGGCAAAAAUGAAGCUGAAGGAAAAAAUUGCAACAGAUGAAAUUGAGGAGAAACUGCUGAGGCAGAUCAAGCAAAAGAGGGACAUGGUAAGACAAGAGAAAGAAGAGGGUAUUGAAAUUAAUGAAAAGGUAGAAAGGGAGAGAAGCCAGCGGCAGGAGAGCAAGAAAGAGAAGAGUGAAAAGCGUGAGAGAGAAAGGGUGGUUGAAUCAGACUCCGGGAAGACUCAUGACCACAAAAAUGAGUCAUCUGUAACACAGACUCAGGCUUCUGAGAGCAAAGAGUACAAAGAUACAAGUACAAGAAGAGAAUCCAAAAAGGAAAAAGGUUCUUCCAGGGAAGUCGUUACCAAAGAUGUUAAGACAGACGGAGAUGAAGCAGCAUAUGCGGAUGGAUCAUACAAAGACAGUCAAGAUGACGAAAAGAAAAGUGCAGCACCCAAAUUACCUCUUAUAGGAAAAAUGCCAUUCCUGAAGAAAAAACAGCAGUCAUCAGUACCCAAGCGUAAAGAAUCAUCGAAAGAAACAAAGCAAGAUAUACUUUCAAGCAGUAACCUUGUACAAGACCCAAAAUUGGAAAUUCCAUUGACAGAGGAGCAGAAAAUUGAUUUGUCUGACAACAUUGCCUGGGUAAUGAACCAAGAGAAUGAAAACCUGAUAGAAAAUGUUCCAGAUCCCAAGACUACAGCUGAAAGUGAAUAUCCUGUUGUCAGUGAUAUGGAUGUGUGCCCUCCUACUAGUGACUACAUUGGCUAUGAUGAUCAGAGCGGCGAAGUUACAAACCAAGAUGAGGAGGAAUACAGUUGUUUAGAUGACUUGAACACCUCUGAAUGCAUGGAUAUAGAAGAUGAUGAGCCCACAGAAUGUGCUGCUGCUGCAACACUAAAGGCUUUAGACUUACUGAGUAUCCCCCUGCCUGGAUUCAAGUCAGCAAACAAAACCCCUCUGCCGUCAGAUAUUCCUCUCCCUCCUAAAACAGACGAAGCCUCCAAGAACCAAGAUAACUGUGAUUUGCCUCUUCCACCAGGAGAGGAAAGCUACCCAGUAACACACUUUGAAAUGGAUAAUGAUUCCCAGGAGAUGUUAUCAGCAGCUACUGUGAUCCAGGAUGUACAUAGGGAUUGUGGCAGUGGUAGCAACAGCCAGGACAGUUUCCAUAUAGUAGGUCUAGUGAGUAACCAAGGAGGAUCUGACAUAACUGUGCCACCAGGAACUGAAAAUAUUGUGUGUUCAGACCUACAGGUACCACUAUUGACUGCAGAAGUAGGCUCAGAUCUGCCCUUACCACCAGGUACUGAAAGUAUGAUGGGUCCAAGUUUACCUUUACCCCCAGGAACAGAAAAUUUAAUCAGUCCAGAUGUACCACUGCCACCAGGAACUGAACAUGUAAUGGAUCCAGGCCUCCCCUUGCCACCCGGAACAGAAGAUGUUGGGGUGACUUGUUUACCUUUCCCACCAGGAGCUGAAGAUCCUGUGAGUUCAGAUCUUCCUCUGCCACCUGGUACUGAAGAAGUUCAGAAAGAAAACAAAGCAAGAUUUAGAAAAAUGUACAAUUCUUAUCCUGAAGAAAAAAACAUGACAAGUCAUAUGACAAAUCCCAAGACUGAAGUACAGCUGAUAAGUGGAAUAUUCGGGCUUGUUGUCAGUGAAUAUGGAUGUGUGGCCCUCGGGCACUACUAG